AUGGGCGAGGAGCGCGUCGGCAGUGCGGAGGAGGUGGGGUCGCUGCUGCACGAGCUGCUGCUCGUGCUUGGCAUCUUCGUGCACGGCUCGCGCGCCAACGCGGAGCUGCUGCGGUGGAGGUGCGGCGAGCGGCCCACCAUGCUGCAGCGGCUCGUCUCGCUGCCCUUCCGCUACUGGUGCGUGCCGGCGCUGCGCCGCGUGCUGCUGCCGACAUUGCUGUGCGGCUGCCUGCACGACCCGACCAACACUCAGAUCCUGUCGGCCUCGCUCCACCCGGCGCACCUGGUCCGCUUCCUGCAGGAGGAGACGGAGUCGGCGGGCGACUCGCCGAGCGGCGCGACGCCCGCCGCAGUCCUCCUCCCCGACCCGUCGGAGCUGCCAAUCGUCAACAUGGACUAUGCGCUCUCGGCCCGGCUCCCGAGGGAGGAGUGGGCGGGCGCCAUCGCAUUCUUCUCUUCUGCCGCGCUCCGCUGA